CAGCUUCGGUGGAUAUGCUUCGCCCCCGCAAGGAUGGGCACCAGCACCGGGCGCUUGCCCAACCAGGACGACGCCGAGCCUCUGCUCGACCCCCCGCCGGCGAAGAUCUCCAGCAGCGCCGGCCGCCCACCAGCGGCGCGUGGCGCUGGGGCGCCCGCGGCCGCCCUCGCCGCCGGCAGUGGCCAGCGGCCAGCGGCAGGCCCGCAGCAGCCCCGGCGGCCAGUCGAGGCGAACGCCGCCGGCCAGCUGGGCAGCGCCUUCCAGCCGCCACCGCGCAGCAGCGGCCGAGGUGGGGAAGCCGCGAGGGCCACUGAGGCACCCGUGGGUAAACCCGACGCGCCACAGGCAGCUGCGCGUACCAGCACCACCGACCUGACCGCCGGCGGCCUCGCCAGCCGCAAGCCCGCGGGCGCGGGCGCGCGCGCGCCCCGCCCGUCGCAGUCCAGCGGCCAGCCCAAAGUCCUCGACCUCCGCAGCCCUGCCAGCGCCAGGCCUGCGGGCACGCACUCGCCCCGCCCCUCGCAGCCCAGCAGCGGGCCCAGCGCCAGCAGUCAGCCUUCGCCCAAGGCCGCCGCACGCCUCUCGAGCAACCGGGGCGCUAUGGCAGCAGCAGCGGCCAGGCUCCCGCAGCCAGCCAAUGGCGCACGGGCCAAGGGGCCACUGAGCCCGGAGUCCGAGGCCAAGGCGGAGAGCAUCCACCAGAAGUGCGCCCACGACGAGGACGAGUGGUACAUCCGGGUGGACGACCCCGACCCUCAGGAGGCCGAGCUCGUGCGCGCAGCCAGCGCAGCAGGGCGUGGGAUCGAGGACAUUUGCCUGCUGCAGAGUGCGGCCGAUCUCUGCACGUUCUUGCACAGCAUCCAGGUGCCCGAGACGAGCCUCGUCCUGGUGGACACCGCGUGCCAGUGCUAUGGAGCCUGGGCGUUCUCGAAAGAUUUCGCCGACAAGGGCGGCGGAAACUUGUUUCCUGUGAAGGUGGCCAUUACCACCGACUGCGAGGCCGCCCUGGGAGAAGGCAGCCAAUCGAUGCCGCCCAGCAGAAGCCCGACAUCACCAAGCGGUCCAAGCCAGCAGAGCGCUACGGCGUCGCAGGUUGUGCAGCGCACCGUGGAUCACGAGCGCAUCCCCCACAAGGUUCGGGUGCUCCAGGACCGCGUGCCGCCAGGCGGCGCCGAGCGCGGCGCCGUCCAACCCCUCGACGCCGAGUCGCUGCGCGUGGUCUACGAGGAUUCCCUCAGCACCGCUUCCGGGGAGCGCGAGGGCCUCGACGACGAGCUGCAGGCGCCCGCGGCCGACAGGGCGGCUCUGGCAGCGCCCUCAGGGCCAGAGGUGGCGCAGGCUGGCUCCCCACGGCGGUCGGCUCCGUCGGUCGACGCGGAGCGUUUCCGCGACAUCGUCGAGCGCGCGGCCGGGGAGGAGCGGCGAAUGGGCACGGACGGGAGGCCCCACGGGCGCGGCAGCUUCGUCGGCAGCUGGGAGACCGCUGACGCGGAGUGCCCCGACUGGAACCUCGAGGCGUGGCUCGGCAGUACCGCCGCCGUUGACGCCGUGGCCAUGGCACUGGUGCCCCAGGAGCUUUCAUGUCCAGGGGGCUCCCUCGCCUUCAUCACGGCCGUGGGCUGGAAUGGCAAGGAGGACCGAGAAGCGACCCGCCGCGCCAUCGCGCACCAGCUGCGCCAGAACGGCAUCAGCCUCAAGCUUGCCAACGCCAUUGUAGACCGCGGCGUCGCCCUCGUGGACAGUGCAGCCGCCACAGGCGAGGCCCUGAACGAGAAGUUCGCUGCCGACGGGGGGUUCGAGUUCGACUUCGGCACGAAGGCGGAUUUCUUCCAGGGUUUGGAGUUCCGCAUCGGCCCCCCGAAUUCAGACGUCAUCAAAGGCAUGGUCUACGACCACUGCGAAAAUGUGGACUCCAAGUCUGAGUGGACGACGGGAAACUAUGGCAUUACCACCACGUCCAGGAAUGAGUUCCUCCUGGUGCUCCAGGACGUGUUCGACCAGUUGAAGGACACCUGCAGUCUUGGAGCCACGAACGAAGAAGUGGACGAGUGGGGCCAGCAAUUCGAGAAGCUCAAGGAGGAGGUCGAGAAGCUCGAGGAACCGGUGCAUCUGGGGGUGGACCCGCCGCUGCAGUGGCCAGAUGAGACGAAAAAUACUGGAAAUCCCCGGUCCACAAAGCGAGCGGAGAUCCUACGUGGCUUGGCCAAAAAGAACGAGGAGCUCAGGAAGCUUGGGGAGAAGCCCCUGCUGCUGGCUGAGGCCGUCGCUCUGUGUCUGUACUCGGGCCCUCUGUUCGAGAAAUACAACGCCGUGUGCCGCGGGGGUCCUCUGCAGUGCGAGCCCGAGCCCAGCAAAAUGCGCGACCGGUUCCAGAGUUUGUGCGGAGGCCCUCCAGGCAGCAGCAAAGAAGUGGCGGUGAACCGGUACGCGACAACCAUCCACGUGUUGGUCUCAGCGCUGGUGAAGGCCAGCAAGACGUCCAAGGCCUGCACCGUCAUGCGCGGCACCACAGGCGGCCGUCUCCCGAAACAAUUUUGGGAGAAGGACGACGCCGGGGUGAAGGGCGGCAUCGAAUACGGAUUUAUGAGUACAACCACGGACCGUGAAGUCGCCAUGCAGUACGCGUCGGGCCAGAGCGCAGGCACCGUCUUGGAGAUCCAGACCGGCAUGAUCGACAGGGGCGCCGAGCUGAGCUGGAUCUCGCAGUACCCACAUGAAAAGGAAAUGUGUUUCCCGCCCCUGACCAGCAUGCAAGUUCUCGGCACAUCGGUCAAGGACAAGGUCCUGGUGGUCUCCCUUCGCCUGAAUCUCAAUCUCACCUGCUCGACUAUCGAGGAGGUGAUCGGGAAGAGGCGCAAGGUGGUCAAGGACAUGUGCCGGAACCUGCAGGACGAGGCGAAGCGCGAGAUGAAGCGGGAUGCGGCGAAGGAAGCACGGCUACAGCUCAAAGACGAGCACGUCGCAAAAAUCCAGGAAGUGCUCGAAAUGGCUCUCCGCGACAUCUACGACCGACAGUUUGAAGUUUUCAAUACCGAUGAGUACUUCCAGAGCUCCUUGAAGGUCGCGCUGGAGUGCAAGAGGGUGGCGCUGCAAGCUACAGGACUGGCGGCCUCCAGAAGCGAAGCCAACAGACGGUGCAUGGAACUGAUCUCUCACGCCAAAUCCCGCAUCGAUUGCGACAGCAGGUGCGAGGCGGAGGCGGUUGUAGGCCUGUUGCUGCGUUUGACGCAAAUCCCGGACCAGCAGGUCCGCAGCAACGUGUUCGCGGCCAUAGCCUUCGGCCGCACGCUCGAAGAGCUCAUCGCCCUCGCCAAGGCCGGCGGCGGCCUCGGGGUGCUGACAGAUUGGCUCCGCCGUGCGAAAAACAUUGGCGAGGUCGUGCGCGAGGAGUUCGCCGUCCUGGCCUUGGCAUUCUUUGGCGGCCCCAAGGCGCUCGGGACGGCCAUCGAGCCGCUUGUGAAUCUGGCCCAGGACAAGGAGCCGCGGAUGGCCGCGUGCGAGGCGCUCGGCGCCGUGGCCGAGGCCGGCGGCCCCGAGGUGGCCGGGAAGGCGCUGGAGCCGCUCUCGCAGCUGGCCCAGGACCAGGACGGGUCUGUCCGCGAGGCCGCGUGCGGGCCGCUCGGCGCCGUGGCCGAGGCCGGCGGCCCCGAGGUGGCCGGGAAGGCGCUGGAGCUGCUGUCGCGGCUGGCCCAGGACCAGGACAGGUCUGUCCGCUGUGCCGCGUGCGGGCCGCUCGGUGCCGUCGCCGAGGCCGGCGGCCCCGAGGUGGCCGGGAAGGCGCUGGAGCCGCUCUCGCAGCUGGCCCAGGACCAGGACGGGUCUGUCCGCGAGGCCGCGUGCGGGCCGCUCGGUGCCGUCGCCGAGGCCGGCGGCCCCGAGGUGGCCGGGAAGGCGCUGGAGCCGCUCUCGCAGCUGGCCCAGGACAAGUAUGGGUUUGUCCGCGCUGCCGCGUGCGGGCCGCUCGGCGCCGUGGCCGAGGCCGGCGGCCCUGAGGUGGCCGGGAAGGCGCUGGAGCCGCUCUUGCGGCUGGCCCAGGACCGGGACUUGUGGGUCCGCUGUGCCGCGUGCGGGCCGCUCGGUGCCGUCGCCGAGGCCGGCGGCCCCGAGGUGGCCGGGAAGGCGCUGGAGCUGCUCUCGCAGCUGGCCCAGGACCAGGAUUGGUCUGUCCGCGAGGCCGCGUGCGGGCCGCUCGGUGCCGUCGCCGAGGCCGGCGGCCCUGAGGUGGCCGGGAAGGCGCUGGAGCCGCUCUCGCAGCUGGCCCAGGACCAGAACGGGUCUGUCCGCUGUGCCGCGUGCGGGCCGCUCGGUGCCGUCGCCGAGGCCGGCGGCCCCGAGGUGGCCGGGAAGGCGCUGGAGCCGCUCUCGCAGCUGGCCCAGGACCAGGACGGGUCUGUCCGCCGGGCCGCGUGCGGGCCGCUCGGCGCCGUGGCCGAGGCCGGCGGCCCUGAGGUGGCCGGGAAGGCGCUGGAGCUGCUCUCGCGGCUGGCCCAGGACAAGGACGGGGAUGUCCGCGCGGAAGCGCGCUUCGUUAAUGGCUGAGUCAGCGCGCGUGCACCUUGUCCCACGCGGCAGCGGCCAGCUGCAGUGGCCACGCAGCCCCCUGGUUCUGCCUGUCUGCUCCGCUUUCCCGCAGCCACGCUGACGGGCCUCGCGUCGCAGUGGCAACGCAUGCAUUUAAUUCGCAGAAUAUAAGAGCAUCGAGCGACAGUGCCCGUGUCAUUCUUUCUUCAAUCGUAAGUGCAUGGCGAGUCAGCGCGCGUGCCAUUCCGUGUCGGGAGCCAAAGGCCUCGGCAGAGUUGGUCGCUUCGCGCUUGAUGCCCUCCUUCCCAACAAUCUUCGGUCCUCCCCAUCUCCCGAAUCGAAAGUUUCUCGGGCGAAACGGCCUGGACCACCUCAGAUGGGCUUAUGUUGUAUGGGGUCGCGACGCAAAGCGUCGGGUAGAUGGUCGUCGACGUGGGGAAGAGCGUCGUCGGAAGCGUCUUUGUCGCAUGCUGCUAUGCGCGGCGUGUACAAUGGAGGCGGUGCCGGGAACAAGAGCGAGACAGGCAGCAAUAGUUUGCUUGGCAAUUGUAGCUAUGACUCAUGAUGGUGGCACAUGUACUGUCCUAUGCCACUGGGUAAGAAUUCAGGCGCAUUCUUAUUGAGAGUGAAAGUUGGCAUGCGUACUGUAUCGUGCUAUCCGUUGUCAACCACAGAGCUGCCCAUCUUCGCUCUGGAGGAUUCAAAAGUAUCUCGAAUGAGUGGCGGUUUUCCCAGCGCCACGAAUCUAUCAUCACUGUCCACCGUUGUCGUCCAAUGUCCAUGUCGUCGUCCAAUUCUCGACGAAUAUCCUACACGUCUUUUCGCCGUUUUCAGCCUUCUAUAGCCAACUUGGGUAGUGAGAUGACCCGCGAUCGUAUCCAGAAAGGCCUUAGCGCACACAUUUGGCUAUGAGAACAAAGGAUGUGCGGAGUAAAAGAGUGAAGGUACGAUAGAGAGAGAGGGGGAGAGUAUGCGCUGGAUACAACCUCGUGCCCGAAGCUUCCAGGCCUGCUUGUGCCAGAAGCGUCCCUUGUUCCUCCUUCCCCUUCCUCUCCUCACCCUCCUUACCCUGCCAUUUCUCCUCCCCCUUCUCUUCCCCUUCCGUCUCCAUUUCUUGAAGAAGAGGAAGAACUGCAUAACCUACACUGUCCCUUCUCCUUGCGGAUUCCUUGGAUCGGCGUUGGGCUUUUUUGGCGGCGCCUUCGUCGCCGCGCCGAUGCAAGAAUUCCGCGUGGACCGUAGGAACUUUUCUGUUCAUGCGGUGUGGUGUUCGUAUGUCCCCCUUGUCGCGCACGGCAGCCAGAGUCCUUCGAUGAGGGGCUCGAGGUGUGAGUUCCGAUGCUGCAGGCGUGCUGCCCCGUCCAAGGCCGCGCCCCGUCCAAGGCCACUUGUCGAUGGGCUUGUUUUUCCACCCCCA